AAUGAAUUGGCGAUAGGCGAGCGAGAGGACAAAUCGGUCGGCCGAUCAAACGAGCGAACGAACGAAGAAAUCGAAGUCGAUUCGAGCGUGGGGGAACGACGUUGCUUCGAGAGCGCCGUCGACCGUUCUUUCCGCUACAGUUUAUGCUACGCAAUGGACGCGACACGAGCCAACAAAGAAACUUUCGAGUUGAUGCAGUUGCUGGUCCGAAUAAUCGAGGAGGAAGAUGCGUUCGAUGCCGACAACGAUCGACCCGUCCUACGAUUCGUGUAUCCGGAGGAGUUACAGAAACGACUAUCGAUCGAACUGACCGAAGAACCAGCGAACAAUGUAGAGAUCGAGAAGGCGAUAAGGGAGACGAUUCGUUAUUCGGUCAAAACUUAUAGUCCCAGCUUUCACAAUCAACUGUACGCUGGCGUCGACGAUUACGGCCUGAUCGGUUCCUGGUUGACUGACUAUCUCAACACCAGCCAAUACACGUACGAGGUAGGUCCUGUGUUCACAUUGUUGGAACGACAAGUGAUCGAACAGUCUCUACGAUUGAUCGGAUAUCCAGCGAUGCCAGAAGGGGAUGGAAUUUUCUGUCCCGGUGGCAGCAUCUCCAACAUGUACGGUAUGGUAAUGGCUCGCUACAAGAUGGUCCCAGAGGUGAAGACCAAAGGGAUGGUGGGUCUUCCACCGCUCGUCUGUUUCACUAGCGAAGGUGGACAUUACUCGAUCACGAAAGGCGCUCACUGGUUAGGCCUGGGAACGGAUAACGUGUACAAGGUGAAAUGCGACGAAUUGGGCCGUAUGCGACCGGACAGGUUAAAGGCGGCGAUCGAGGAAGCGAGAAAACUGGGUCACUUACCGUUCUUUGUAAACGCAACCUGCGGCACCACGGUCCUCGGAGCGUUCGAUCCGUUGCCGGAAAUCGCGGAGAUCUGCCAGCAAGAGAAUCUCUGGUUACACGUUGACGCCUGCCUCGGCGGUACAUUGUUGUUUUCGGAAAAAUACCGAUCGCGAUUAAAAGGAAUCGAGCUUUCGAAUUCUGUGGCGUGGAAUCCGCACAAGAUGCUCGGCGCCCCGUUACAGUGCUCCCUGUUCCUGGUGAAAGGUAAGAACGCUUUGCACGAGGCGAAUUGCGCUGGUGCGAGGUACUUGUUCCAACAGGACAAACACUACGACGUAUCCUGGGACACCGGGGACAAGAGCUUGCAGUGCGGAAGAAAGGUGGACGGUACCAAGAUGUGGCUGAUGUGGAAAGCUCGCGGAACCAGGGGCCUCCGCGAAUCCGUGGAUCACGCAAUGUCCGCUGCUGAAUAUUUUUUCGAACGGAUCAAGGAUCGCGACGGCUUCCGCCUCGUCCUUCCGCAAUACGAAAGUUGCAACGUUUGCUUUUGGUACGUACCACCGAGCAUGCGGGGUGAAGAAGAGACACAGGACUGGUGGAAGAAACUGUACGAGGUCACCUCGAAGAUCAAGGGACGCAUGAUGAUCGAUGGAUUGUUGAUGGUCGGCUACACGCCGCUCUCUUACGCCAACAUCGGCAAUUUCUUCCGAAUGGUCGUUACCUGUCAACCACCGCCGACGGAAGCUUCGAUGGACUUCGUUAUCGAGGCGAUCGAACGUUUGGCUGCGGAUAUGUGAAGGGAUCGCGACGCGUUUCGCCUUGUUUAACGGGCUAACGUAUCGUUCUUCGAAGGAACAUGUACAAAGGAAAAGAAGAAAAAGUUCCGGCGAAAGUAGACUCCGUAGGAGCGUUAUCAUCGAGUUUAUUGGAGUCGAGCGAUACGUUGGGUCGUUUGGGAAAUAUCGCGGUAGAGUAGAGAGAAUAUUAAAUGGGGCUCGGGUGGAAAGUCUGUUCGGUCGUGGAACGUCGUCGCUGUUUGCGCGGAAUUGGUCGGUUCGAAGUGGCAAACUACAUAUCGGACAGUGGAAGACCGGUCGUCUCGUAUCCGGAUUACGGCGCUUACAAUUAACUGAACGCGCCUCGGCCGGUCGGACGAUCGUUUCCCUUUUUAUUCUCGGAUAUCGUUUGCGCAUACAAGUGGACGCGUGGCCGCGACUCAAUGUGAGCCAAUAAAACGAUGCGAUCGAUGCACCGUGUGCUUCUAACGCGCAAGCAUGCACACACACACACACAGGUUCACAUUCAUACGUAUAGGUACAUUUUUGUUUGCACGCGCGAGCCGGAUAAACUUGUUUCGUACGCGCGUGCGACGCAAUCUCACCUGAAAUGGCACUUAAAUCGUUCGACGCAAAACCAAAACUGGUCGUCGUCGUCAUCGUCAGUCCUUUAAAAUAAACGAGUACGAAACGA